AUGCCGGUCGACCUCAGUCAGUUCAGCACGGAGGACCUGAUGGAGGAGGUACGUCGCCGCCUGGAUUGCAUCAACAAGCCCGAAAAGCGGAUCAUCCUGAUCGGGCCCCCUGGCUCUGGGAAAGGAACGCAGUCACCAGUUAUCAGGAAGGAUCACUGCCUCUGCCACAUUGCCACUGGCGACAUGCUCAGGGAAGCUGUGAACAAGGGAACGCCACUUGGUAUCCAGGCCAAGAAGGCCAUGGAGUCUGGCCAGAUGGUCUCUGACGAUGUCGUCGUGGGCUUGAUAAGUGAGGCCAUAGCGGUGCCAGAGUGCAAGACCGGUUUUGUGCUGGAUGGCUUCCCCCGAAACGUUUCGCAGGCAAGGAAGCUCGAUGCGAUGCUCGCAAUAAAGGGGCAGGCCAUCGACAAAGUUUUGAACUUGAAGGUGGAGGAGAGGGUGCUGGAGGAGCGGGUGACGGGCCGGUGGGUGCACCCCGCCAGCGGCCGGUCGUACCACGAGGUGUUUGCGCCUCCCAAGGUGAUGGGGGUCGACGACCUGACGGGUGACCCCCUCGUCCGGAGGAAGGACGACAAUGUGGAAGUGCUGCACAGGCGCCUGCGGCUGUUCAUAUCCCAAACGUAUCCGGUGCUGGACUACUACGGCGGCCGUGUGGCAACCAUAGCCGCGAAUCAGACCCCGUCAGAAGUGGCGGAGCAGAUUAGACGGGCGCUCAAGCUCUCCUGA